AUGGCUACUCAACGAGACGGGGUGAAUCCCCUGAGACCGUACUACAAGCCGCCAACCAUAGGAGAGCCUCUUGACCCGACAUCUGCCUCGUCAGCACCGAACCCUUUUGCCCGCCAUGGAGCCAAUGCGACGAGCGAGCGGUACGCGUCAAAGGCACGCGACAUCUUUUCCGACAUCGACUACAAGGACUACAUUAGCGAACCAUCUCCUUCCGUCGUCCAGACUGUCAAGGACCUCGUUGACGAGCUGCUAUGGAAGUAUACUUCCGUCCUAAUGGCCCAGCCUUUCGAGGUUGCGAAGACGGUUUUGCAGGUCAAGAGCCACGAUGACGUGACUUUGGCGGCAGCACCGACGCCCCUGGCCACGCCAGUCUCCGAGAGACGGCGUUCCGGCUACGGAAACACGGCAUACGACGAAGCCGAUUCGGACUCGGAUCUCGACGAGCCUGCCUAUUUCACCUCCAACGCCCCCAGCACGCCGACCCCGUCGUCCUCCAGGGAGCAUCGGCACCGCCAGUCACCUUCCUCCACACCUCCCCAGACGCCGGCAGCGAAGCAGUCCGUGCCGCCUCACCAGAUUACAAUCCGCCGAUCCGACUCGUUGAUGGAAGUUAUUGGCCAACUGUGGCAAAAGGAGGGGGCUUGGGGUGUGUGGAAGGGAUCGAAUGCAACGUUCCUUUACUCUGUGCUCUCUUCGCUGUUGGAAAACUGGUCCAGAAGUGCUCUGAGUGCACUGUUCAACGUACCAGAUCUCGGCGUCAAGGAGGACAUUGAUCGGCUGAUUGAUAUUGCCUCACCCUAUCCGUGGGCCUCCUUGUGCGUUGCCGCAGCUGCGGCCGUUGCGACGGGCCUCAUUCUCGCACCUCUGGAUCUGGUGCGCACAAGACUGCUUGUCACACCAAUUUCAAAGGGGUCGAGGAGAACGCUUUCGACCCUACGAGCUCUCCCAUCCUACGUCUGCCCUUCUUCGCUCGCCAUUCCCACGAUCUUCCACUCGCUUAUCCACCCCAUCCUCACACUGUCAACACCACUUGUCCUGCGGACCAGGUUUCUCAUCGACAGCCGCGUCUCCCCCACCACAUUUUCAGUCGCCAAGUUUUGCGCGUCAUCUGUGGCACUAUUCGUCAAGCUUCCCCUCGAGACCGUCCUCCGUCGCGGCCAAGUUGCUGUCCUCUCCACCCCGUCACAUGUCCGGGCGCUUUCGGCCAAGGACCAGAAGCUCGAAACUAUCGUCCCCGCUGGACGUUAUAACGGCGUUUUCGGUACCAUGCUCUACAUUAUGAACGAGGAAGGUACCCGCGCCAUCCCUACCCCGCCCGCACCGGUGAAGAAAGGCAGGGGCAGCAAACCCAGGGUCGCAGAAACGGUCUACCGCAAGGGUCAAGGACUGGACGGCCUCUGGCGGGGCUGGAAGGUGUCCUGGUGGGGUCUCGUCGGACUUUGGACUGCCGGGGUCAUCGGGAAUAGUGCCGAUGGUGAAUUCUAG